AUGAAUUAUAUAUUGAGCCAGUAUUGGAUCGAUGAAACCGAUGAACGACUUAAUGGUUAUCCACUAAUCUCUGGAGGACCGGAACAGUUCCUAACGAUUAUGUUAUUAUGGCUUUUAUUUGUCACUAAAUUUGGGCCAAAUUUUAUGAAAAACAGAAAUCCAUUUGUUUUGCGCGAAAUUCUAAUAAUUUAUAACUUUAUAUUAGUUGUAAUCAACGCUUACUAUAUAUACGCGUCCUUAAAGUGGUUAGAGUUUGGCCGCAAGUCUUUGAACCCGAAACUACCCGAAGAGUGGUCUGAGAAAGCAAUCGCCGAAUUACCGGAGAAAGCGGUUUACGCUUACUCUAAGUUAUUUGAUUUAUUCGAUACCGUAUUCUUUGUGUUGAGAAAAAAGUCAAAUCAAAUAACAUUUCUUCACGUUUACCAUCACUUUAUGGUUCCUGUGUUAGGAUAUAUGACUGGAAAACUUUGUCCGCAAACAGUGAUCGGAGAAGUGUUUUGUUUGCUUAACUCUAUUGUACACACAGUUAUGUAUAGCUAUUACCUGUUGUCGGCAUUUGGACCCCAAAUACAGCCCUAUUUAUGGUGGAAGAGAUAUAUCACACGAUUGCNCAGUUAUGUAUAG